CUUGUGGGAAACUUACAGGAAUAUCAGAACCUAUUACAAUGAAAACAUCUGGGUCCAGAUUUGGUUCGUGGAUGACCGACCCGCUGGCUUCAGUUGGAGACAACAGAGUGUGGUACAUGGAUGGUUAUCACAACAAUCGCUUUGUCAGGGAGUACCAGUCAAUGUUUGACUUCAUGACAACAGAUAACUUCACGUCCCAUCGCCUGCCUCAUCCGUGGUCCGGUACUGGCCAAGUUGUUUAUAAUGGAUCCAUUUACUAUAACAAGUUUCAGAGUCACACCAUAAUCAAAUUUGACUUUAGCACGUCACUUAUCAGCCGCUCCAGACAGCUUGACUUUGCCGGUUACAACAACAUGUACCAUUACUCCUGGGGUGGGCACUCUGAUAUCGACCUCAUGGUGGACGAGGGGGGGCUCUGGGCUGUGUACGCAACCAAUCAAAACGCUGGCAACAUUGUGCUGAGCAAAUUAAAUCCAAACACUCUUCAAAUAAUCCGCAGUUGGACCACCAACCACCCAAAGCGAAGUGCCGGUGAGGCCUUCAUGAUCUGUGGAACAUUGUAUGUCACCAAUGGGUACUCAGGAGGAACUAAGGUGUACUACGCCUUCUCUACCAACUCCUCCACCUACGAGUACAUUGACAUUCCCCUGACCAACAAAUACAGCCACCUGUCCAUGCUGGAUUACAAUCCUAGAGACAGAGCACUUUAUGCCUGGAACAACGGCCACCAAGUUCUGUAUAAUGUUACCCUUUAUCAUAUAAUACAGUAACUAGACAUUGUUCUUCUGUGUCACAGUUUAAUAUGAUAUGAUUCUCACAUAAGACUCCACAUUUCCUCUCACAAUUUCUGACUUUAAGACACCUGUAAGACAAAAGCAAUUAUUCAGAUAGUUUAUGUGCUUCCAGGGCAAAUAGCAUCACUGACUGAAACUGUUAAUCACAGCUGAAGGGAAGCAUAAAAGCGGCUGUUCUUCGCUCAAAUCCUCUCUGUACUACACAGUUUUAGAGGUGUUUCUUAGCAUGGCACACUACAAUAAGAUGUCUGCCUGUCAAUCGUGAGCAAAUAAAAAACAGCACUCUUAGAACUGUGGAACUCCAAACGUAUUUCUGAUUUUAUAAGUUUUUAAAAUUGUUACAGCACCAAAUAUUGGAUUAAGAUGCAUGUUGUGAGUUUUACGCAGACCUUUCUCUUUUCAUUCAUAAGUCAUAUAAACAUUAACGCUGGGCUGGAAAUCAUUAAUCAAGCUGUUAAAAACAUUUCUAUUCUCAGACUGCUGUAAAAAUAGUUUUUUAAGGAACCAAAAAGUAAUGAAAGUGUUUGUAGUUUAAGAAACUAACCAGAAACUCCUGGGUUUUGUAAUUUCCCAAGUUCAGACAUUUUCUUGGUACUGAAAAUAUGGAACAAAGUAACUUUUAGAUGUUAAAAUGUUAUUUUAUUGUUACAGAUUUUAGGAAACGGACUGAUUUGUUUUCCUCAAACAGUUCCUCUUAGCCUCCACAUCAAUUGCUUUCUAAAUUACAACAAAGUGUUUGAAUAAAAUCUAUGUUUUGUUUUGGGAUCGUUUGUAUUUUUUUCAGAAUGUAUAACUUUAGGAUUCCAGUUCAAAAUGGAAUUUUAUGAUUUUUUAAAUGUAACAUAUCAAACAGCAAUAGUUAUUGUUCUCUUUUGCAAAAAAGUAUAGUUAGAACUUUUUGUAGGACAAGCAGAACUUUAAAGUCUGUAACUUUUCGUAUGACUUUCUGUGCUAUCAGCUUAAUUUGUGAAACAUAAUUUCUACUGAAAUAUAAACCCUUUUUUGCUGAAUAUCAAAAAUUCACAUUUACUUUAAUGAUGGUAAAAUUCUAUGAUAUGUUUCUUUUUUAUAGACUCAGAAAUUUGAUUUAUUUGCUUGUGAAAUAAUUUAGUUCAUUUCGGUGUUUGGUGCCAUGUAAAGUAAUCCAAAUGGAUCCAUUAAUUAUACAUAUGGUUAGCAGUUUAUUCUAUAAACUUCUUAUAACUGUUUAUUCUAAUGGUUUGUGUAGAUUUUGUGUCACCAUUAAUACAAGUCAAGAAUCAACAUGAACAUUUUCACUGUUUUGUGUAGAUUAAGCAAAUAAAAGUGGGAACUGUG